AUGCCUUCCUACGCCAUCACAGGAGCCUCCAAGGGCAUCGGCUCCGAGUUCGUCCGCCAACUCUCCCAAGAUCCCUCAAACACCGUCUUCGCCAUCGUCCGCGACCCCGAGCUCCCCAAGCUCAAGCCCCUCGCCGAGCCCAGCAACGUCCACCUCAUCAAGGGCGACGUUACGGAUCCUACCUCCAUCCUCGAGGCUGCGUCUCGUGUCUCAGCGCUCAGCGGCGGCAAGCUUGAUGUGCUCAUCCACAACUCCAACGCCAAUGAUAUGGAGACCAUUGCGUAUUCGCCGACCCAGGUCCCCUUUGACGUUGAUGCCACAAAGAAGUUUUUCGAUCUUUCUUUCCACACUGCCAUCUACGGUGGUCUCUGGACGACGAACGCCUUUCUCCCGCUCAUUGAGAAGGGAACUGAUAAGAAGAUUAUCCACAUCUCGAGUGGCAUGGCCGAUAUCGACCUCAUCCGAAAGGCAGGCAUCACCCAUACCCUUGCCUACGCGGUUGCCAAGGCAGGCAUGAACGUUCAGGUCGCCAAGUACGCCGCCGAGCUCGCCCCCAAGGGAAUCAAGACGCUUGCCCUGAGCCCCGGAUGGGUCGACACAUAUGAGGGACCCUUGCCAAAGCCUGCAGAGGUGGUCCAGAUCGUCGAGGCCUUGAGGGCCCAGUUUGUCAAGGUUGCUCCAGAGCUCAACGGGCAGAUCACUCCCGAGGAGAGUGUCACGAAGCAGCUCCAGGUUAUCGCCAACUUGAACGAGGAGACGAGCGGCUCGUUCAUGAGCCACCGGGGACUCGUGGGUCAAUACUAG